UUCACCUUUCGGAUGGCUUCUACUGGAUUAGCGUCACUUAAUGGCUGCCGAAAGGAGGUGGAAUUAACGUCAAAGGGUUGUCAAGAUGACGCAAUGCUGGCUUGUUUUGUUUGUUUCUCCAACGCUGCCAGGUGUCGUCAUCUGUCAACUUAUUUACACUAGUGAAAUGGCACAAUCAGAGAGAAUCACACGGCCUGGAGCCACAAAGAAAAGCCUUCGAUGGCCAUCGCUUCCGGAUGAACUUCUCCUUUCCAAAAGCCCAAAGUGGCUUCGCUCUUUCUCGUUUCAUCACGGCCAUCCGCACAAUCCAUCUGCUAAUUUCGUUCUACCCAAAUUGCCAUGCAGCGAUCAUAAUUUUCAUCCGCAGGAAGAGCCCAACGAUGAAGUGUACAAUCGAGUUGUUUUACCUCCACUGUCAUUGGGCUCGUCUUCUUCCAACGCAGCUGCAUCGGACAAGGCCGCUGGAUCGUCGUGGCUUUUGCCAACCUUUCCGGCCUUCCAUCGCAAAGAAGUCUACCAUCGUCAAGCUGCCGCUAGGGAGCAUCAACGGCGCCAACUGUCGGCCAAAGCUGGACGUCUUCCUCCUAUCUGCACGAGCAGUACAUCUCCUCCGCUCGUCGCUCAGUCUUCAUCCGCUCCUCCGCCACGAUCACCUCGAGGUGUGGAAGGUACGAGCGUGACGUUGGUGUCGAGUCGGAGCAGCCGUGCUGGAACGCGAAUAGAAGGAGAAGAAGAAGAAGAGGUCAAGAUGGCAAGUACUGCCGAUGUUGUCGGGCAUCGUAAUGAGCCCCAUGUCCAUUUAUGGUCGCAAGGAAGGGAUGAAGGAGAGGAGGACUAUGAUGAAAGAAGAGAAAGAGAGGAACUGAUGGCGCUGUUGAGGCCUGUACAAGUAUCCAUAUCGGGUCAUCACGCACCAUCGCCGCUAGUGCGACCACGGCCAGAACAAAAACCAACAGUCGAUGAAAGUAAGCGAACGAAGACGACCGGAUCACGUGACCAACAGACUUCCACUCCUGUUAACACAACAACAGACUUCCAGUGGACCAUUGAAUGGACGCCGAGUGUAGACGUCUUCCGACACCAUUCCUCGACGUCAUCAUCGGAUGCUGAAGAAUUGAUUGGAGAAGACGAAAUGGCCGCUCCGUGGCCAGUUGAGCAGCAUUGGCGUAGCUCGCAAAGUGCCAAUAGAGUCCGCCAUUCGCCACCGACGUCAAUCGAACGGGCAAAUAAGAUUAGCGAGCCAUCCGUGAACUAUUCCGCACCAGCUUCGACGUCGCCUCCAGUUCCGGCGUUGAGAGCCAAAACAGCCCACCCUUCGAUGUCGAUCGAACAUCAGCUGAUCUCUGGCCGACGACACUACGACAGCCAGGAUUCCGGCGAGAUUAUCGAAGAGAUCGAACACAUUUUCGAUGAGAUGAUCGAUAUCGAAUCAUUGGAUGAUGAAUCCGUAACACCCGAAAGGUUGAAAGAAGAUGAUGAUGAAGACUUUCCAGAAAAAGAUCCGCCCGUAUUUGGUGUGCAUCUGGAACAGUUGAAAAAAAUGCUGCAUCACAAUGCCCCCGGCAUCAACAACAAUGACAUCAUUGAAGACAUUGCGGAUGAAGAUUCCAGUCAAGAAGCAACGUCAUCGUCCCCGACCUUCCGUCAAGAUCCGGCAGUUGCCGAACACCUGUUGGCUGUACCGCAAGAAGAUUGUUUGCCUAAUGUUGUCCAACAUUAUCAUCCGGAUGACCGGCCAAUCAGUAGGAGUCCCCGUGUCGUCCACAGUCCCGUGCUGGGCGAACCUGCGAGGAGACCUUGUGUCUUUGAAGACGAGGAAUAUCCUCCGGAAAACGAUGAAUACAGCGAAGAGACUUGCCAAUCACCUGGAAGAUUGGCAGCUCAUCCUCGAGUCAAUAAGAGUCGAUCGCUUGCCUCGUUCGCCAGCCGCCAUAGUCCAUCACCUGAUGACAAUGGCCGCCGACAGAGGUCUCUGCCUACCCGACGUCUAGACGGAUCCAGUGAUAAAACUGAGAAAGCUGGCGGCCAUGUCGUUCAACCAAUUAAAAAGAUUGCAGUCAUGCCGUCGAGCAUUCUCAGCCGUCAAAUGAAAGCUGGCCAAUCACCAGGGCCGACUGCUAAAGCCAACCGACCCGAGAGUCCUCAAGAUCCUAGAACAAUCCUUCAAAUGUCGCUGAAGAACAUCCACUCGUCGGAAUGGGAAGUCAAAGUGGAAGGCAUCCGUCGCGUAGAAGAGCUCAUUACGUCGCAUAACGAUAUAGUGACGCCUGAAGUUCAUAUUAUUGUUCUGGCAUUGCUCGAGGAGGUUAAAAAUUUACGUUCACAAGUGGCCCGUGUGGCCAUCCACUGUGUAGGGAAAAUGUUCCAGCAUUGCGGCAAACAAAUGGAACAGGAUUUAGAUCGAACGGUACCGUUGCUGUUGAACAAAAUAGGUGAUACGAACCGGUUUAUCCGCGAAGACGCCCAUUCGGCCUUGAUGAGCGUAACCGAGUUUGUUUCACCGCCUAAAGCCAUCGUCGUGAUCGUCACUGAAGGCCUCGCGCAUAAGAACGCGAUCGUGAGAGCGGAAGCGGCUAAAUUACUGGCAGCUAUCGUUGUCAAAUUAGGUCCAGCCAAGACCCUGAGCGGAGCUAAAGACGUCACAGAAAGGGUCCUACCGGCUGCAGCCCAUUUUAUCCAGGAUGGGAAUCUUGAAGCCAGGGCCCAGGCGAAGAAGAUCUUUAGUGUUUUGAUCGAAGAUCCGGUGUUUGACAAAGCCAUGCAAAAGUAUCUGUCCCCGACCGUCCUCCGCAAUAUCCAGCGGACGUUGGAUACGCUCCGGAAAACGACGACAACUAAUCAUCGUUGAAAAAUACAUAAUUGGCGAACUUUUUUUUUU